AGCGCACAAAGCGAAUCCUUAUAAAAAAAAAUAUUGCGUAGCUCAGACAGACAGACACAUCGCUUUAACUAUACAGGGAUGCGAGGCUCAUUAUGACAAAUUCACUCUGCUAAAAAUAAUUAAAAACGACUUGAUACACUUUGAUUUAAGCAACUGUUGACAUCAAUAGAAUACAAUUCCUGAGAUUGGAUUAGUGGACACACUUCCUCUUGUCUUUAUGUCAUAAAUUAAAUCUGGCAUAUGGACCAAGGCAAAUUCUUUGUGCAAAGAAUAUGAAGACACGCAUCUAAUGCUACAUCCUUUACCAGUCAGCUGAGUAGCCAUGAAGUCUGCUCUGGAUGGAAUAGCUGACACCACUUUCCGAACAAUGACUACUGGUUUGCAGUAUCUUGGCUCCAACGAUGUGAGCUAUGAUGACCCAUCCAUUGAUUCUGGCUUCGCCAAGACUGGAUUCCACUUACAGAAGACUCACUCUGCCCCACUUAGUAACUCCUUCCCUGUACAAGUACCUGGGGACAAGGAGCUCAUCUAUAAUGGCAACUCCAUUUACCCGACCAACUUCUCUGAAAUGCUUGGCAAUGGGACCCGAUGGGAGGGCGGGGGUUCUCUCCAAUGCGGGGAGAACAUUGUGGACAUGGAGUGCUUCAUGAUUCUGACCCCCAGUCAGCAGUUAGUAGUAGCGGUCAUGGCACUCACCCUGGGAACCUUCACAGUGCUUGAGAACCUUAUCGUAUUGUGUGUGAUCCUCCACUCCCACAUCUUGCGCUGUCGGCCCUCAUACCACUUCAUAGGAAGCCUGGCUGUAGCCGACCUUCUGGGCAGUGUCAUAUUUGUGUACAGUUUCUUGGACUUCCAUGUUCUGCACCGGAAGGACAGCCCUAAUGUGUUUCUAUUUAAACUCAGUGGAGUUAUCGCCUCUUUCACUGCCUCUGUGGGCAGUCUCUUUCUCACGGCCAUCGACCGCUAUAUCUCUAUCCACAGGCCGAUGGCUUACAAGCGGAUCGUCACCAAGAACAAGGCUGUCAUUGCCUUCUGCAUGAUGUGGACUAUCUCCAUCGUCAUUGCGAUUCUCCCCCUACUGGGCUGGAACUGUAAGCAACUGAACUCGGUGUGCUCAGACAUUUUCCCGCUCAUCGACGAGAAGUACCUGAUGUUCUGGAUAGGGAUGACCAGUGUGCUGCUUCUGUUCAUCAUCUACGCCUACAUGUUCAUCCUGUGGAAGGCCCACCACCACACUGUGCGCAUGAUGAGCCGCAGCUCCCAGAAGAGCAUCAUUGUCUACACGGCAGACGGCACCAAGGCGCAAACCAUGCGACCUGAGCAGACCCGCAUGGACAUCCGCCUGGCCAAGACCUUGGUGCUGAUCCUGGUGGUCCUCAUCAUCUGCUGGGGCCCUGUGCUAGCCAUCAUGGUCUACGACCUCUUCUGGAAGAUGAACAACUUUAUCAAGACGGUCUUUGCCUUCUGCAGCAUGCUUUGCCUGCUCAACUCCACCGUCAACCCCGUCAUCUAUGCACUGAGGAGUAAGGACCUGCGCCGGGCCUUCCUUAACAUCUGCCGGACGUGCAGGGGAACUUCUCAACCACUGGACAACAGCGCCGAGUCUGAUUGCCAUAGCAGGAGCAUCAAAGGCACAGCCUACAAAUCCACGGCUAGCUGUGCAAACACCACUGUAAAAGUGGCCAAAGUCACCCUGUCGGUCUCCGCAGAGAUGGUCUGAGAAGCUGUCUGCCAUCAUGUGUCUGUGAAGGUAUCGACUGUGAAGAAUUAAUCUAGAAUAGACACUACCCCAAUUAGCACUGCCCAGAAAUUUUGCCAACCAUGAACUUUAAAUUGAGCUUUGAAGUCUAUGUAGCUGUAGCAUAAAAUAAUGUGGAUUAUUAUACUGAACAAAAAUAUAAAUGCAACAUGUAAAGUGUUGGCCCCAUGUUUCAUGAGCUGAAAUAAAAAUCCCAGACAUUUUCCAUACACACAAAAACCUUAUUUCUCUCAAGUUUUGUGCACAAAUUUGUUUACAUCCCUGUUAGUAAGCAUUUCUCCAUUGCCAAGAUGAUCCAUCCACCUGAUAGGUGUGGCAUAUCAAGAAGCUGAUUAAACAGCAUGAUCAUUACACAAGUGCGCCUUGUACUGGCAACAAUAAAAGCCCACUCUAAAAUGUUCAGUUUUGUCACACAACACAAUGCCACAGAUGUCUCAAGUUUUGAGGAAGCGUGAAAUUGGCAUUCUGACUGCAGGAAUGUCCACCAGAGCUGUUGCCAAUAAGCUGCCUCCAACGUUGUUUUAGAGAAUUUGGCAGUACUUCCAACAGCCUCACAACCGCAGACCACGUGUAACCACGCAAGCCCAGGACCACCACAUCCGGGUUCUUUGAUGGCCACUGGCACGCUGGAGAAGUGUGCUCUUCGCGGAUGAAUCCCGGUUUCAACUGUACCGGACCGAUGGCAGACAGCAUGUAUGGCGUUGUGUGAGAGAGCGGUUUGCUGAUGUCAAUGUUGUGAACAGAGUGCCCCAUGGUGGCGGUGGGGUUAUGGUUAGGGCAGGCAUAAACUACGGACAACGAACACAAUGGCAUUUUAUCGAAGGCAAUUUCAAUGCACAGAGAUACCGUGACGAGAUCCUGAGGCCCAUUGUCAUGCCAGUCAUCAUCACCUCAUGUUUCAGCAUGAUAAUGCACGGCCCCAUGUCGCAAGGAUCUGUACACAAUUCCUGGAAGCUGAAAAUGUCCCAGUUCUUCCAUGGCCUGCAUACUCACCAGACAUGUCACCCAUUGAGCCUGUUUGGGACGCUCUGGAUCGACAGCAUGUUCAAGUUCCUGCCAAUAUCCAGCAACUUCGCACAGCCAUUGAAGAGGAGUGAGACAACAUUCCACAGGACACAAUCAACAGCCUGACAAACUCUACGCGAAGGAGAUGUGUCGCUCUACAUGAGGCAAAUGGUGGUCAAAGCAGAUACGGACUGGUUUUCGGAUCCACACCCCUUCCUUAUUUUUAAAGCAUCUGUGACCAACAGAUGCAUAUCUGUAUUCCCAGUCAUGUGAAGUCCAUAGAUUAGGGCCUAAUUUAUUUAUUUCAAUUGACUGAUUUACUUAUAUGACCUGUAACUUAGUAAUAUCUUUGAAAUUGUUGUAUGUUGUAUUUAUAUUUUUGUUCAGCGUAAUUCAAUGUUUUCAGAACCACUUCAUAAAUUUAUUUUCAUAGGGAAAUAGUGACAAUACGCAUUGUUAAACUGUACAGUUGUGUGUUUAGUGUCAUGCUGAUCUGCCCUGACUGUAUGGUUUGAGCCGUUAAAAUGCUUCUAGGUGAAAUUGGCUGCUCUUUCCACUGUAAAUUAUACUAUAAAUUAGUACAUUGUGAUGGUUUGUAGCUCUUGUCAUAAAGUAUGUUUUGUGAAACUGUC